AUGGCAUCCCUAGUUGCAGCUCCUCGAAGGCAUCUCUGGUAUCUGGCGGCUGUGGCUGCUUUGGUCCUGCCGUGCUCUGCGGUUCUCAGAUACCCAGACGGCGCUUUCGAGUCCAGAUACCCGCUUCACAUCGACGAAUGUGCAUUACCUGGGAAGGGGCUGAGUUUCCAGAGCUUGGCGUGCUUGGGGCGAUUGCGACAGCAUUUGCUCGAGGACGCUGACUGCAAUCGUGUCAUUUGUGACAACAUUGACUCCUCGACACCGGUGGAGGUCUAUGCAAACGAGACGGAUUGGGCUCCCUUCAAGAAUCUAUGUGGCCACUUGCAGGAGUUGUUUCUGGCAGUUUUCGACUUGGGAGUGAAGCUUGUCGGAGAGGUGCCGACACACGAGGAUAUAAACGAGCUCUUUGUGCUGUCCAAGGUGUUCAAAAGUUCGCAAGGAGUUUCUCCACCAGAUUUGCAUCAGGCUCCUGUCUAUGCGAACACAACGAGAGCAGUUCUGCGACGGCAUGCUCAACAUGUGCUAGACAUCCUCGGCGAGGUCCAGAGCGAAAGUUUGAGUGCAGAGCGCUUGCUGGAAGCUGCGGCAGCCUUGGCCCGCAGGCUACAGCUUCUUAUUGAGAAUGUCUCCGUUACUCUGCUGUUGAAUUUUCACCUAGCCCAACUUGAUCACAAUGGACGAGUAGCAGGACGAAAUCUCGUUCAUGAGCUUUAUGGCGACGUUGAUUCCAUUCGAGUUGUCUUUCACGAAAUUCCGGGAAAGCGCUGGGACGCACUCACCCACCUGCUUGAUUUUCUGGGAGUCUCCAAGCAACCUGUUGUGAUGGCAGAAGUUGGCGUGGAGGCUGCUAACACCAGCCAGCGACUGUUGGAGCGCAAUCCGUUGUUGUCCUACAUUGGCGUAGAUCCAUACAUCAACAACGAUGAACUCUUCCAUGACGUGAUCGAUCGCUUGUCGCUGUUCCAAGAUUCAGGUCGGUUCGUUCUUUAUCGCAGUACCUCCAUGAAUGCAUCCUUGCAUGUUGCUGAUGGAUCCUUGGACAUGGUUUUCCUCGAUGCCCGUCAUGAUUUUCAGGCCGUUGUCGACGAUGUGGCAGCAUGGAAGCCAAAGGUUCGUGUCGGCGGCAUCUUGUCAGGUCACGACUUCAGCUGGAUGUUUCCAACAGUGGCAAUGGCAGUGUACAAAGAGACCUUCGAUUCGCCAGAGCGUGUUGUGCAUCUCGCUCCUGACGGCGUUUG